GAGCAAAUUAAGAAGACAACUGAUGAAGAUAAAGUAGAGACUCCGAAACAGAAACACGUAAAACCAGAUUCAGUUGAAAAUGUUCAAAAUUUGGAGCAGAUAAAGAAAGAAGACACAAAGGCUACGAAGCCUGUAAAAUCAGACAAAACGCCUGAAACUAAAGUUGAACUUAGGAACAAAGUGCAAAGCGAGCCUAAAGAGAAAGAGCCAAUGAAAGAACAGGAGAAAUCGAAAAAGAAUAAGAAACAGAAACAAGGCAACGAACAGGAGACUUCUAAAGUCCAGACACCGAAAAAACAGAGCCAACAGAAAGAAGACAAGAAAGUAGAACAGUCGAAACAAAAGAAAUCCGAAGAGAAAUCAGAAGUAACAAAGGAUGUGAAAUUAGGUGAAAAGCAAGAAGUUGAAGCAGAAGUUAACGUAAAAACUCCAAAAGACGACAAAGAUAAGAAAGUGGCUGAGAAAAAGAAAGGGAAGGAGGAUGAUACAAAAGAACAGAAGAAGGAGGAUACGGUAUCGGAAGUAGAACCGAAAACAGAUAUUAAAGAAGAACAGAAAAUGGUAAUUAGCGCGUUGGUUCGCGUAAUGGAAUCUACGAUGGAGAUUAGCAAAGGUGAUGAGUCGAAACCAGAAACAGUGGUGCAGGAAAAUGCAGACGAAAAAUCAACGAAUAAACGAGAGAAGAAACAGAAUAAAUCUGGUGAAGAACAAAUGGUUGAGACUAAGAAUUUGAAGAAAGAAUCGAAGCCAGAUUCUGUACAGAAGGAGGAACCGAAAAAGGUAGUUGAAUUGGAAAAACAGACGAAAUCGAAGGGAAAGAAAUCGAAGAAAGAACCCGAUGUUAGUCAGAAGCCUGCGCCUGAAGCGAUAAAGAUGGCUGAAAAAGAAGAAAAGAAGAUCAUCGAUAAGCAAGUUAUCGAAGAGAAAUCAAUUAAAGAGGAAGAAAUUGUCACGGAACGAUCGAAAAAGGAAUUAAAAACUGAACCUGUCACGCCAAGUAAAGGACAAUCUGAUAAGAAAAGACGAAAGAAGUCUAAGUCACCGACAAAAGCAAAGAAAGAAGAAGAUUCAAAGUCUGCGUUGCCUGUGGAAGAAAAGGAGAAACCUAAAGGAAAAGAAGCAGUAGAAGAGGCUAAAUUAGAAGAAAAGAAUGGUAAAAUCGAUAACGAUGGCAAACUGAUAUCUAUAGAAGAAACGAGAAUUACCGGAGUUGAAGAAAAAAUUACUGCGAUCCAAGCGGAAAAUCAGAAGGAAGAAAAUAUUGUAACAGAGAAGAUUGAAGCACAACCUAAUAUCGAGAAGAGUAUUACUGGAGAAAAAUCUACAGAAUGCGUCGAAAUAUUUGUAGACAAAAAGGCGGAAGAAACUGUAAAGAAACCGGAAGAACCUGAGAAAGUUGAAACUAGCGACGUGAAAAAGAAAGAAGGAAUUCUUCUGCCUGAAGUACCGAAAACCGAUAGACCGGAAAUCCAAGAAGUUCCAGGAACACCAUCAAAGUCCAAGAAAGGGAAAUCAAAGGAAAAAGCUGUCACCGAAAAUACCACACCCAUUUCUGCGAUCGAGCCGAAAGAAGAACCCAAGUCCAGUCAACCAAGCACACCGAAGUCUGACAAGAGAAAGAAGAAGAAACAGGAGAGCAAAGACAAAAUCGUGGUCGAACCUCCACAACUAGAACAAGCGAUAGUCACUGAAAAACCUAGCACAGACACGAAACCAAUCGAAGAAUCUGAAAAAUCAAUGGAAACACCAUCAUUAAAACUCGUAACUCCACUGAUAGAGUCUCAGAAUAAAAAGCAAGGCCACGUUAAAAAACCAAUUGAAAUCGAGAAAAUUUCACUGACAAAGUCUGACGAUUCAGAAUCUCGCUCGCAAGAACUGAUUGAAAAUCCAAGUACAGAAGAAGAUUCUCUUCUUUCAAAGAACGAGAAAACUGCAAACGUUUCAGCCACUGUUUCACCAACCACAGAAUCAUCUUCAUUAGAGAAAACGGUUACCACGGUGACCAGCAGCGUGCCUGAACCUGUCGAAGCAAAGCCAUCGAUCGAAAAAAUCGUAGAGAACUUAGAAAGUAUUCCCUCAUCCAAGGUCGUAGGCUCCAAACCCACUGAAUUAAUCACCCUGCGUCCUGAAACAGUAGAGAGUAGCCUAACAACCACCGAAUAUGCUAGGGUAUCGGAUGAUUCAGCUGUUGGUAUCCCCUGGAAAGCAUUAGAUACGUUAGCAGACGUUGACAAAUCAAUUUCCGAUUACACGGUAUAUCUUGACGAUCUUGUUAAAGACGAUCAGCCGAUUCUGUUCGGUAGCGUUCAGGAUAGGAGGAGAGGUCGUUCUGGAACUCCGAAAUCUGUAGGAAGCGCGAGAGACGAGAGGGAGUUGGAUAAUUUCGAGAAAGAACAGGACGCGAAAGUUAUGCAGGAUAAAUCUAAGCACGAAGUUGAGGGUAAGACGGAUAGGAUGAGGGUUAAGGAGGAAGUUAAGAUUGUCGGAGAAGCUGCAAGUGUAGAAUCGAAAGAUUCAGGUGAGUUAGUGGUAGAGAGUGAAGGUGAAAUUGUGCAAGAGAAAGGAAAGAUGGGUACGGGACCGGAAGAGUCUUCUUCUGAUAUUGAACAGGGACAGGGAAAAGGAACGGGUAUAAUGUCGUUAGAAUUGGAAUUAGACACUCGUGAAGUAAGUAUUCUUCCUACUCAUGUAAGACAUAUGACACCUGAGACAAAAUAUAUUCCUGAAAUUGUAACUGUUCCUGUUGACGUUCCUAAGUCUGAAACGGAAAAUAUUGAAGAUAAAAUAAGUACGGUUGAAAAGAAGGUAGGAGACGUUGAGGAACGUAAAGUUGAUGAUUCUAAACCUAGAACGGAAGAAGUUAAAGAAAAAGCAGCUCUACUUGAAGAGAAGAUCGUAGACUCUGAAAAACAAGAAGUCUCUAUUAAGGAUGAAGAUUCUAAACCUGAAAAGCAAAAGGUUGAAGAUAAACCAAGUCAGAUUGAAACACAGGUUGCAGAGUCCAAAAAACAGAUAGAAGUUUCUGUCAAAGGAGAAGAUCCUAAAACUGAAGAGAAAAAGGUUGAAGAUAAACCAAGCCAGAUUAAAGCACAAGUUGCAGAACCUAAAAAACAAGUAGAAGUUUCCGUCAAAGGUGAAGAUUCUAAACCUGAAGAGCAAAAGGUUGAAGAUGAAACAACUCAGACUAAAACACAAGUUGCAGACUCUAAAAAACAAGUAGAAGUUUCCGUCAAAGGUGAAGAUUCUAAACCUGAAAAGCAAAAGGUUGAAGAUAAACCAAGUCAGAUUGAAACACAGGUUGCAGAGUCCAAAAAACAGAUAGAAGUUUCUGUCAAAGGAGAAGAUCCUAAAACUGAAGAGAAAAAGGUUGAAGAUAAACCAAGCCAGAUUAAAGCACAAGUUGCAGAACCUAAAAAACAAGUAGAAGUUUCCGUCAAAGGUGAAGAUUCUAAACCUGAAGAGCAAAAGGUUGAAGAUGAAACAACUCAGACUAAAACACAAGUUGCAGACUCUAAAAAACAAGUAGAAGUUUCCGUCAAAGGUGAAGAUUCUAAACCUGAAGAGCAAAAGGUUGAAGAUAAACCAAGCCAGAUUAAGACGCAGGUUACAGAGUCUAUAAAGCAAGUAGAAGUUCCUGUCAAAGGUGAAGAUUCCAAACCUGAAAAACAAAAGGUUGAAGAUAAACCAAGCCAGAUUAAAGCACAAGUUGCAGAGCCUAAAAAACAAGUAGAAGUUUCUGUCAAAGGUGAAGAUUCUAAACCUGAAAAACAAAAGGUUGAAGACAAACCAAGCCAGAUUAAGACGCAGGUUACAGAGUCUAUAAACCAAGUAGAAGUUCCUGUCAAAAAUGAAGAUUCUAAACCUGAAAAGCAAAAAAUUGAGGAUGAAGCAAGUCAGAUUAAGACGCAGGUUGCUGAGUCUAUAAAACAAGUAGAAGUUCCUACUAAGGUUAAAGAGUCUAAACCUAUCACAAAAGAAAUUUACCCAUGUUACUUUACAGACUUGGUCAAACCUUACUGGUUCAAUUAUCGUCCUUACAUCGAGGCAGAGAUCAAUUUCCAUCGGUGUUUCAAAGUAGUAGAGGUAAUAGAAGAAAAUGUGCCUGCUUCUGCACCUCCAAGAUUGGAGAGUAUCGAAAGAAUUGCUCAAGAAUCGAUUAUGAAGGAGCCUAAAGAAGAAGAAGAGAAGUCAGAAGACACGGAGCAAUCUGAAGCUGAAAGCAGAAAGCUUUCGCUUAUCAAAGAAACUCUGAAAUAUCCUAUUAGCACAUUUUACAAAGUAGAAUCCGAUUGGGUGAAAUCUAAGCAGACUAAAGAGAAAGAAGUUAUGGCAACUCCUUUGGAGGAAUCUAAUCUUACAAGCGUUGAAAUUGCGAAGGAAACAAUGCAGAUUCAAGAAGAUAAAAAACAUUCCGAAAUAUUAGAUGCUCAAAACAUUUCAGAAAAAGACAUUGACAAAGAGAAAACUAUCGCAGAAAUAACCACGGAGAUUAAAUCUACGGACAUGAUUUUGGACCAAACGGCAGCUCUUAUCGAGAAUGUGAAUAAAGAGCUUGAUAUGAUGAAAAAAGAGAAGGAGCAGAGUACAGCCGAGGGAAAAGUAGAAGAUAAAGAGGAAGAAAAAGAACCUGAGAUACGGAAGAAGGAGCAACAAGUAUCUGAUAAGAAGCCGAAAGAGAAAUCGAAGAAAGAGAAGCAGCCGAAAGAUGAGAAGUCAAAGUCUAAGAAAGAAGAAAAGAAGGAAAUGACAUCACCGGUAAAAGAACUUGAAGUAGUUGAAAAGAACGAUAUUACAGAAUUAACCAAGGCUGUGGAACAACUUACUAUGAUUAUUCAUGAAGAAACUAAAGAAGCUUCAUUGGCAUUCAAACAGUCUGAAGAAGUUGAGAAGAAAGAUAUUGCGAUUGUACAGGGGACAGAGUUGGCACAGACAACUGAACAACUUGUCACAAAAAUAGACGAACCUUCGGCAGUUCAAAUUAUCGAUCGAAAAGAAGAAGAAAAGAUAGAAAAGAAUAUUACAGAAGAAGAACCAUUAAUCACAUUAGAACCAAAAAUUGAAGAAGUAGUAAAACCUGCAAUCGAAUCUUCUGAAGUGGAGAAAGUGAAAGAAGAAACGAAAUUAGAAAAAGAUAAGAAGGAACAUGAGAAACAGGAUGAAAAGAAAGAGAUUGUUCCAGAACCUCAGAUCCUAAUUGAAGAGAAAAUUGAGAAGGAAAGUGAGAAGGUUGAAAAGCCUGUUUCUGGAAAGAAGAAAGUUUCUAAAGAACCUAAAAAGAAAGAUGUUAAAGAGAUAACGAGAGAAGAAAAGUUAAGCACAGAAGAAAAAGCCUUGUCGCAAGAAUCUAUUAGUGUCGUGACUGAAUCAACAGCAACUGAGAAAUCAAUGAAUGGCAAAGUACCAGAGAUAGAAGAUUCGAAUGCAUCUGAAUCUCCAGUGAUAGAAAAGAAAACUAAACCCUCGGAUAAGCCUAGGAAAGAAGAAGGAAGGACAAAGUCAGGAAAGCAGAAACAGCCUAAAGAAAAGUCUGAUAUUAAAUCUACGUCUACUCCAGAAAAAGAUGCAAAGAAACAAGAAGAACAGGAAAUUUCUUCGCCAGAUUCGAAGAAGAAACGUGAUGGAAAGUCGAAAAAAGCAAAUGAAAUCCCAGCAGUGGUUCCUCGAGAAACACCUUUGGCUGAAGCUCCUUUGGAAGAAACUAAGAAAGAAGAAUCUCGAUCAGAAAUAAAAGAAAUAUCUAAGGAAGAAAUUCAACCGGUAUGCGCCAAAUCAUGGGCAUCUGUCGUUGGUAUGAAAGGAACUAGCGAUCUUCCUGCAGAAAAUGUACAAUCUAUGACAGUAACUCCUCAAGAAUCGAUAAGUGGAACAGCAGAAUUAGGCAAGGUAGCACAGAUAGUAGAAACUGUGCCUGAAGAACCACAAAGCCCACAAACGCAGCAUAAGAAACAUCAAAAGAAGAAAGAUACGAAACAAGAAAAGAUUGUUACCGAAGCAAAAGUGUCUUCCGUCGAUACUGAAACUGAGAAAGAAAAUAUGAAGUCUGUCGUUCCUGAGAAAGUUGAAGAAUUAGAAUUAAAUAUGAAAGAUUCUAACAAAUCGUACGCUCAAGUAGCAGCUUCUAGCAAGGGAACUUCUCCACAAUCGAAUCAAGAAGACGUUGUGUUACUCAAACCGAUUCCUCUUAUGCCUGAUCAAAGCUUAGAUAAACUAAUCGAAGACGAAAGAAUUACAUCUGAAAAAUCAUUAAUAAUCACAGAAACUCCAGAGGCUGAAAAAGAAACAUCCAAACCUGAGGAAAUAGCAACAGAUAAAAAGUUCAACGAAUUAAUUACUGAACAAGACGUUUUCAAAAUAGAGUCAACUUCGUGGGUAGAAGAAAUUGAAAAAGAAGCAAUGGCGGAAGAAACUAGUUCUAUGUCGCCAAUUCCAAGCGCGAUAGUAGUCGAAACGCCGCAGAAAAUGAAGGAUUCGUGGGCUACUAUUGUUAGUAAACACGCGGAACCGCAGGAACCUCUCUCAUCGCCCACUAGCGAAAAGAUUAUGAUGAAAAAACAACAAACUGCCGAACAAAAUUCUAAUCCCCAAAUACAAAUCCACGUGGAAGAAGCUCCAGAGCCGAUAUCAAUUGAAGAAGUGGUUAAAAUCGACGAACAAGGUUUUAUGGAAUUCGUAAAUCGAAAAGAACUGCGAUCUAGACGAUCGAGAUCGCGUUCCAGAAGCGUCAGACGAGACGAAGCAAGCUCGAAACAGUCGAGUGAUAAGCCUAUAGUUCCUGAAGAAAUUUUGGCAGAAGAACAGAAGCAGUUGGGUGCGCAAAAAGUGGAGGAACAAAAGAAAAAAGAUGGAAAUAAAGGAAAGGAGGGAAAAUCGAAGAAAAAGAGAGGUGAAGCAAAAUCGAGCAGUAGAGAUCGCAAUCAGGUGACAAAAGAUGAACAGGAAAAGGAUAGAGAAAGCCUUCAGAAGGAAAAAGAUAAAGAAAAGACGAGUAAGAUCGAGGAAAAGGAUGUGAAGAAGAUAGAGAAAGAAAUAAUAGAGCCAUUAGUCGAGGAGAAGAUACAGAAACAGCCAGAAAAGAAAGAUACUAAGCAACACGAGGGCAAAUCGAAGACGAAAGAAGUUAAUUUGAGCCAAGAAAGCAAAGAAAAGGCAGGAGAGAAAGUUGAAGAAAAGCUUGAUGAGGAAGUGAAAGAAAUAGAGGUUGUGAAGCCUGAAACUCCAGAAGUAGAUAAAAUAAUCGAAAUGGAUAAACAGAAUUCGAAAUCAGCAGAUAAAUGGAGAAAAGCAGAAACAAAGGAACAAUCUAUUGCUGCUUCAAAGAAGAGUAAGAAAUCAAAGAGAGGAAAAUCUGAUAAGGAACAGCCCAAAGAAGAACUAGAACAUAAAGAACAAAUCAAACAAUCGGGUGUUGUACAGGUAACAGAAAUACAACUGAAAUCUGAAGAUGAAAUUGUGAAAGAACCAGAAACUAAAGAAGUUAAAGAAAUUCUAGAAGUAUCAGCAAUUACAAAAUCUGAAGCUGAAAGUAAACCUGAGAUUGUGGAAGAAAUUAAAUCUGAAAAAUCAACGUCUCCAAGAAAACGUAAAGGAAAAUCUAAAGAAAAGAAAGUAGAGACAGUAUCGGGAAUUAGCGAAACAUCGAUUGAAGAAAAGAAGGUACCUGAAUCUAAAAUUAAAGAAGAAAUACCGGCAAAAGAGACAGAGGUUCAAGAAAUUAAAAAAGUUGAAGAAGAAAUAAAAAUUACAAAUCCUGAAAAAUCAACCGACACAGAGAAGCAUAAAGAAAAAUCUGAAGAAAAGAAAGUAGAAACGGCACCAGAACGAAUCAUCGAAACAUCGGUUGAUGAGAAGAAAGUAUCUGAACUUGAGAUCAAAGAAAUGUCGGUAGAAAAAGUAAAGGAAGAUGUAAAAGAAAGUGAAGCAAGUCAAAAGAAAGAAAUUGAUUCUAAACCAGAUGUUCCUGAAGAGAAAAAAGAAGUAUCUGCAAAGGAAGCAACUGAGGAGAAACAUAAAGAAGAACCAAUUAAGUCUCCGCAAACACCUGUUGCAGAAAUGAUUGUAGACACUAAAACAGAAACAGCAGAGGUAAAAGAUGAAGCUCAUGCAGACAAAAAGUUGAAACUUUCGAAGAAGGAGAAACGAAAGCAAAAGAAGAAAGAAAAAUCAACUAGACGAGCAUCCAGCGAAGAAAAAUUAGAAAAGGAAACAUCUGAGACGUUUGUUCCAGAGAAGAAAGAAGAAACAGUAACACUGGAAGAAAUAAGGCCAGAAGAGGCAAAGCCAGACGAAGUAAAGCCAGAAGAAGUAACUAUUUCAUCUGAUGAAACCAACCAAGAAAAAGAACUUAAUGAAAAACUACAAGAAAUUAAGAAAUUGAGCGCAAUCAUCCCUGGGGUGAUUCCUGAUGAAAUAAAGCUUGUUCCAGAAACUAUGCUUAAACCGAUAGUCAAGGAAAAGACAAAACCAAGUAGAGAAGAAACAGAACUUUUGAAACCAACUGAAGAAAAGGAAAAAGUUUCAGGAGAAAUAGAAAACUUUGCUGAAAACAAAAUCGAGACACCUAAACUAGUUACAGAUAAAUCUGAAACGCCCAAACCAGAGAUAGAUAAAUCUGAAGUGCCUAAACCAGAGACAGAUAAAGCUGAAACAUUUAAACCGGAUAAAACUGAAACGCCCGAACCAGUGACGGAUGAAGCCGAAAAAGACAUAAAACAGAAAGAAGAACCAACAUCAGCUUCGAAAGAAAAAUCGAAACGUAAGAACAAACAGGCGAAGAAAGGUAGACGUGAAGAACAAGAAGCAGCAACGAAGUCUACGGAUGAAGAAGUUCAAUCGCCAAAGGAUGAGAAAGAAAUUGAAAUAUUAAGCGCAGGUUCUACUGUUCCAUCAACUCCGGAAAGUCCAAAAGAAACAGUCGAUCGAGAGAAAGACGCGACGAUACCUGAAGAGAAAAUAGAAUCAGGUGCACAAUUGAAUAAGUUGGAGAUUGAUGAAACAAGGAUCGAGGAGGUUAAGAAAGACGAGGAAGAAGCGAAGGGUGUCUUGCAGGAACAAGUUGUUUUGAAAGAAACAAUUAUACAAGAAAAGACAGAAAUAUCUGCCAAAGGCCAGGAAGAAGUCGAUCUUCUACAGAAAACCGCAGAAAUUCCAGAAGCUCAGCCUCUAGAAAAGAAACCUACGAAAGAAGAAAAAUCUAAAACGAAGAAAAUUAAAGAUAAGAGACAGGAAGAGACGACUAAAAAUGUCGAGGAAAAGAUAUCUGAAGAGGAACCAGUAAUUUCCAAAGAGGAAAUACCAGACAAAGUUUCUGAAGUUAAAACGGAUAAAGUCGUUCCACCCGAGGCAAAACCGGAAGAAACCAUUAAACCUGCUGAAAUAAUAGUGAAUGGUAAACUAACAGAAGAAGAUGACAAAACUGAGAAGGAAGUAACAGAAAAGAAGACAGAAGAAAUCGAAAGGGCACAAUCGGGAAUUGUAAAAGAACUCGAAAGUAUAAUGCAAGAAACCGAUCAACUUCCACAACGAGAUAUAUCAACAGAAAAAUUAUUACAUAAAAUUGAGUCUCCCAUAACCAUGGAAUCGAUGCAGUCUCAACUAGAAACCGAGGAAGAAUUCGAGAAAUGUAUAUCCAGUGAACCAGAAAUAGAAACGGUAGAUAUCGUGGUCGAGCCGGUGAAACCAAAAGUACAAUUCUACAUAGCCGACGAAAUUCUAGUUCUAAGUCCGGAGAAGAAAAAACCCGUACAAACUCCCCUAAUCUUAAAAACCCUGUCAGAACUCAGUAGAUCCAAGUUCCUUUCUCUUGAUAGCGGUUUUUGGCCGGACAAACACCCCUAUCACGAGGCUGAACGCUACCUGUUCGAAAAUUUGGCUAACUAUCCGAUGGAAAGUCUUUCCGACGAUAUCAACCGCGAUUCUAACGAUAAAGAUGAUUUCGACGGGGAUCAGGGCGGUGGUAAUUUGAACGAACGCGGCGGUAAUGGUGGCCCCUUGAAUUCUUAUUUCAUGGGUGGACCGCAUACCGAACGUCUGAUCGCCGAUCUCCCAGGUGGUAUAGGUAGCUGGAGCGAUUACAGUACUUACUUGUCGAGCGAGAACGAGCAGAGAACGAACCAAUCCACCGAACUGGUUCAGGAAAAGAUCGAGAAUCCAAUGUCAGACCUAAUAUAUCCCUCCGAUAAUCUAAUUUCUGAGUUAUCCUCUGUCCAUCUCAAGGACGACCAGUCUAUUUCCAAAUUCGACGAACUGUCGUUGGAGCGUGACGUUCCUACAACGUCAGAAAAUUCUGAAGAUGUAAAAUUGUCGUCACUGUCCACUGUCGAAGUAUCCGCUUCUGGCGAACAACCCCUAAAGCUCGAUUACAAGACCGUGAGCCCGGAUCAACUAUCAGAGUCCACUUAUUCCGAUCCACGUGAGUUAUCCUCAACACCAAGUAUCCCUGACCAUGAUCCAGAUCCCAAGAAACAUUUAGGUAGAGAAAAAGGAUCGAUGCAGCGGCGCACUCCAAUCGUGGAGACGGAGAGAGAGAUGGGGGUAACUGAAGAUGAGGCUGAAAAGAGGAUACGAGGGAUCAAGGAUAUCAUACAGGAGCGCCUAAUGGUUUUACAGUUGAGUCUUUCGAACCUAAAGGGAACUUACUUGCCACGAGAUAGCAUAGACUCUAUGCUGUCUGCAAUCACGAAUCUACUAACGGAGCUCCAAGGAUACGAUCAGGAAGUGGGUCAUUUAGAAGAAGAAUUGCGUAAAAUUCCAGCCGAUUUGGAAGCACAAAAGCUUCUGUCGAGUCUAGAAGAAGUUCAGUCUCGCAUCGCCACCCUUUUAUCGCAAGCGGAACAAGGACGCGCUACUUUGGAAAGAGCGCGUGGCCAACAAGAACAACGCGGCCACGAUAUCCACGAAUACAAGAAAUUCUUGGACGAAACGGAUAGCUGGCUGAAGAAUAUCGUGGCCGGUAUAAAGCAGCAACAACCGCCCACCACGAACAAGGCUUUACAGGACGAGCUGAGCAGUCACGCGCAACGGGUGUCGGAGCUUGAAUCGUUGCCAGAAAUCAGCACGCUGGCAAAGGUCCUGAAGAAUGCGCUGUUGGAAGUGAUGUCGCGACUGCAGCAAAGGCAGCAGGAGGUUUGCGAUGAAGAGGCGCAAGCGGACGAAACGUCAGACCGAGAUGAUGCCACCCUCGAUCAGGCACCCUCCAUUCAUUCGUCCCUCGAAACUAGUAUGCCGUCUUUAGCCGAUGUUUCUCUGCAAACAGGACAAAGUCUGUUAGCGAACAUCGUCGAGAAACCACAACAACUGACCAAACAAACGUCAACAAAUAAAAUGCCAGUUUCAACAGAAUGUCAUUCUUUGACCACGCAAACCAUGGACAUAGCACACCCAAACAUCGAGAACAUUCAAACCCAAGAAACGAUAAAGAUUCUAAAAACCACAGAAGGUGAUCACGAUGUGAUCGAGAUAGCCACGAAGAACGUACCUUCCUCUUCCGCUCAGGAAACCGAUCAGGAACAUGCUGAAGCGACAGCAGAGGACAUCGUCGUUGAUAUGAAAUACCAAGAUCCCACGAACGCUGACAAUACCACCAGUGAGUUAAAUAUCGUUCACGCUGCUCCACAAUCAUUCGAAACUGUUCUGGUCGAACCAGAUGACGUGACCACCGAAGUGGUAGUAGACGAAGAUGGUUCGAAGAGGAUAAUAGUAAGAAAAUUGAGACGAACCACGAUGACUAGUAGACAAACCACUCAACAACACUUAUCGUCCACGUCCACGGCGAUUGGAGACGCGCCAUCCGUGGUGCAAGCUUUCUCAGAGGCCACUAUGAAGGAUCAACAGGUCACGGUGACUACUACGAAGCCAGAUGGUACGAUAGAAACCACGACGAAACAGAUUCAUGGCGGAAAAGUAACUACUGGAACUCCUUACAAAGAUGUAAAGGUGGAGGAAUACGAAUUGGCGCCGCAGUAUACGCACAUGGUGACCCAAGGUCACGUUCAGGACAUCAGUCCACAACCUUUCGAGGAGGGACUGCUGAUGGAAAGUGGAGAAUAUCGGGCGCAAACGUCGAGCGUGCACGCUGUGGUACAGCAAGUUACUAGAAGAGUGAUUCGAAAGACUAGGAGGAUUAUUAGGAAAGUUACGAUUGUGGACGGUAAAGAGACCACUACCGAGGAGAUCAUAGAAGAGCCCGAAGAAGUGGAGAUCGAUGAGAAGAAUAUUCCGCAUAUUAGCAUCAACGUUAUUAAACAAGAGGAACAGAGGCAGUUUCGAAGCGACGGAGCUACAGGUGAAGAGAAGACACCAGAACGCGUUUUGGUCGAAGAAGUCACUGACAAAGAAGAGAAAGAUUUGAAGGUAGAAAAGAUCGUAACCGAUGACACACCCAUGCAAGGACCGUUCUUUGGAGCAUUCGCCAAAGACAUGCACCCCAGCACGGUAUAUAUAGAACCAGAACCAUUGGAAGAAAAGCCAUUAAUCGAUAUCAAAAAAGAUGUUCCAGUGACCGAGAAGAAGGAAGAAAAAGUUGUAGACGUAGCUAUUCCAACAGAGAAGACUUUGGAGAGUCAAAUGGAACCUUCGAUAGCGGAUAUUCGAAAGGAACAAUCUCCGCGAACUCCCGAAGAAUCUUUAUCGCAAAUUCACCUUGAUGACAAGAGCUCAAAAUUGGAAUUCGUUGAAAAGAAACCUGAACUAGUGGACAAGUACGAGCAGGAGCACUUCCUGGUCGAGGUAAAAGACAAAAAGUUGCUUCCGUUAGCCAGCCAGGCGUUCAUCGAUGCUGAAGUGUCUGCUGCAUUGCAGAGUCCAAUCGGAGAGAUCAAGAUACACGAGACACAGGUACAGCAAGAGUUAGCGAAGUCUUCGAUCGAGUCGAUCGUAUCGGACGACAUCACUAAGGCGACCUGUAAGUCUGUCGAUGCACCAGUAAGCAGAGAAACACCCGGUAUCGAGCUAGAAGGUCGCACGGUAGAUGUAGAAAAGCACGAUGACACUAUAGGCACCGUAGAUGUACUAGAGGAAAAGCCAUCGAUCGAAACGGCGACAGCAGGAGCACCAGAAUCGUCGGUAGGAUUUGCAUCAACGGAACUACAAAAGAUAGUUGACGUUUCAGAAGUGCAACCUACACAGAUCGAAGGGGCAGUUUCGACGAUUCCAUCGACGGAGUGCGAGAGGCACGACGAACCGGAAAUUUUACCUAUACACGUGAAACAGCAGAUAGUGAAGAACUCGUUCAUUCCGGAGAUCGAUUACUCGGUCGACGACUACAUGGACGAAGCACUGAAACCGGAAUACAAACCGAUCUUCCAUAAAGUGGAGAUAUCUCUGGCUGUGAAGAAGGACGGUGAAGAGAUGCAGCCUACGGUGGAGGUGAAGAGUCAGGCUGAACCGGAAGCAGCUCCUCAUCGUAUAGUGAAAGAAGACGUCAACAUCAGUUUACCUGCAGACAAGGAGAGCAAAUUAAUUAUUCACGACAAGAUCGUACAAACUUCUCCACCGGUUGCUGAGCCUACGAUCGUCAGCUUGGACAAGUAUGUCGGUCUCUCAGAAAGAACAAUGAUUACCUCGGAUAAGUUUACUAUUACAUCGGAGAAAGAGGAAACUGACAAGUCUGUUAUCUGUUCGGAAAAGGAAGGAACUUCUGACAAUGUGAUUACGUCGGAGAAAGAAGACGAGUACCAGACUGAACCUGCGAUAGAACCUGAAGAAGAGAAAUUUGUACCGUUGGUUGAGAAGAUCGAAGAAGAGGUUAAGUCACCUAUGUCGUCCAUGGAGACGAAAUCAAGCGCUUCUUUGGUAUCCAAUAUUGCAGAGUCUAUAGAGAUCGACGUCGCGUUAUCUGAUUCUUCGAAACAUAUCAGCGAAGCGCCACAGCCUGAUAUCACGAAGAUGUUGGAAUCCAGGGAGCUAGAGACGUUGCCGAAAGACGAAACAUCGGAAGGAGAAGACGGUUAUGAGGCGGACAGAACGAUGAUAUCGGCGACAACGCCGGAUGACGAGAGUGUGAUGAGGAUGAAAAAGAAGAAGAAGAGGAAGCAGAGAAUACGAAGCUUCAAGGACGAAGAGCAAACGGAAUUCCCAGAGACUAGCUCCGACGAUGAAGAAUUCACGGAUGAUCUGGCGCCGAUGGAGAGCGAAUAUGCGAAAGCCACGAAGAAGAAAAAGAAGAAAAAGAAGCGUGCAGACGUUGACGUAGGUAAAGACAAAGCUCCAGCCGUCACAUCGAACGAGGCAGACACACAGACUGUUCCACAAGCGUCCAACGUUUCUGUUGCUACGUCGCCAAAGCAAAAAGAGAUAUCAGAAAUUUAUAUUCAAACCUCGCCGCAUUUAUUAGAGGAGACCAAGACACCAGAAAUCGUAAAAGUUCACGAAGAAGCGCAAACUUCUUCAAUUUCGCUCGAAGAUUCGGAAACGAUUGAAACACCGAAAAUGGCGGAAAUUCACGCAGAGAUGCAAACGUCUCCGUUGUCUGUUUUGGACUUUGGCAUGCAAACUACACCAGAAAAAGAACCUGAAAAAUCGACUACUCAACACUCUGAAAUGCAAACGUCUCCGUUACCCGCUUCAGAUUUUGGCGCUCAGGCUGUUACCGAAGAGCCACCUCAGAUAGAAGAAACGAGCACUCAAACGAUAGAAUCUCCUGAGAAGAGAAUGGAAGAGUAUGCUGUUCAAACUAGUCCGAUCGAAGAUACUACGGAAGCCACCGUUCCAAUCGAAACUGUAGAAAUUCAGGUUCAAACGGUAGCAACGGAUGUAGUUUCUAUCGAGGCACAAACGUCGCCAACUGCGCCAUCAAUGGAGAUGGAGACACAAACAGCAGAGAAAAUGGUUGUCGCUGUCGAACAGCAAACCACUCCGCCACCAAUUGAAGAGAAAAUUUUAGCUGGAAUAGCUACUCAAACUGUGACUCCUGAAGCACCUAAGACCAUAGAAACAGAAGCACAAACUAGCAAGCCAACCAGUCCAGAAAUAGUUACGUUGGACUUCAAUAUCCAAGCGGAUUUGAUAGAACAUCCUUCUGUCGAGAUAAUGGAAACGCAAACGACCCCAGGAGAGAGUCCGCGGCAGGCAGACACUCAAGAAACCGAAUCACAGACGAUGUUGGCCGAGCCAACUGAAGAAAUCAUGAUACAGACCAGUCCAGUUACAUUUUCCCCUGAAAAAGUCGAGGUUUGCGAACUGUCUUCUCAGACCAGUUUAGAAGAGAAGAAAGAAUCGAUGGAUGAACAGUCUCAGACUGUCAUACCGGAGAAGAUAAAGACAUUGGACACCUCAGUACAAAUAAAGACGUGCGAAUUAUUGGCACAAGUUGAGGAAAGUGUACAAAUCAUUCCCGAAACUCGCGAAGAUGGCGCGCAAACGAGCGUCGAAGAAGAGAAACCGUUGUUGGUGACGGCUUCACAGCAAACAAACGAUGUAUUACUAGUACCUCGAGAAGAAAAGGAAGUGAUUAAAGAUGAAGAAGGCAAUGUGAUAGAGGCCACGAUAGACGUGGUAGAUGCAGAGGUAAAGAUGCCUCUAAAACUUACAGAAAUUCCAGUAGCACCUGAUGUACAAGUACAAGAAUAUAAAGAAUACCUGGAUACGAAGAUCGAGGAAGUAACAGAACCAGAACCUGUUAUGAAAGAAACUAUUCAAGAGGAAUUCAAGGACGAACAGAAUCUCUCUGAGAAGAUAGAGAAAUCAGAAAUUGAGGAAUCGGUAGCACGUUCGAAGGAAGAUACCGAAACUACGGAUGCUGAAUUUAAAAUCCGUUUGCAGGCAACCAUAGAAUUCCCAACUAGUGACACUACUACCGAUACAGCGAGUAAAUUCACUGAUAGUUCGCAAGAUACGACUAUUACAGAGGAUUUAAGCUCUACAGGAAAAAUAGACGACAGCGUUGGAAGGAGGCAGAAACGGAAGAGGAGACACAAGACCAACGAAACGCCCGCAACGACUGAAAAGGAUCUGGAAUCCAUAUUUGGACAACCUGUAGAAUCGCGAGAUGUGUCUCUAAGAUUGUCUUAUUCCGAUGUUACCAAGAAAAAUGUAGGUAAAGAAAAGUCUGCCUCUGGCGAACCUGGUUUCUUCGAAAGAGGCUUUGACGACGAUGAUACUAAAAUUGUCCCGGACGAAAAGGUAGACGAAGAAAUUAUACAAAGCGCAUCAUUGACAAUGAUCGAACCGAUAGCAAUUAAAGACGCGCCAGAUGUGUGGACGUUAGUCAAAGACGAAGCAGAAGGUCAACAGGAGUCGAUUGUUCCACACAUGCCUUCACCUGAACCAAUGGACACGACCGAAGAACCAUUUUCUCCUGCAGAAUCAAUAGAAAUUUUACAGGAAGAUGACCGGCCACGAAUCAAAACUUACGCGGAUAUCAUCAGUGAAUCUUCGAAAAAACCAGGAAGGGAUCAAUCUUCGUGGGAAUUGUCUCAUCACGCGAUACCACAGAAGGGCGCGAGUUCGAAAGCUUUCUUGUUAGCUGAAACAACAGAAUAUGAACCUCAACAUCAGAUCACGCAGAGCAGUCAAACGACCAAAGCGAUCGCUGAUCGAAUGCAGAGCCUUCGAAACGCUAAACAACCGAGUCAUCUAGGAAACAUUCUUCAUAUAGCUCAUCUGGAUAAAGUGGCAAAUGAGAAACUAGCUGAGGAACGAGCUGCAGACGUGAGGAAGGAACUAUCUCACUUGAGGGACGCUGCUCAAGAAAAAGACGCGAUCGCCGUCGAAGAAACUCUGGUUGUCAUCGUAGAUACGAUUUCCACUUGGUUGGAGACCAUCGAAUACAGAAUUUUCUUGAGCAAAGAGUGUCCUACUGGUCCCUCUCACGAUGAUAAAACUUACGUUGAACUGAAGGACGAAGUGGAAAAUGUGGAAGAGAAUAUUCAAGAGCUCAAUGAUAUUUGGAAAUUAGUGGAGACCAGUUAUCCAGGGGAAGAUAGGAAAAACUUGCAGGAAUGUUUGAACGCUCUCAUGACUCAGGUUAAGAUGAUCGAAGACACGACCGACGAUGGAGAGAAACAACUUACGAGUGAGCUCGCUAGGUGGGAUGAAUUUGUGAAUGGAGUGAACAAUAUGUACAGAUUAAUCGAAGAACAACGAAAACUGCUGAACGAAAUCAUUGAACUCGAAGCAUCCACAAAAUGGAAGCUACAAGAGCUGGACAAACUGGAAAAUAUGAACCGGUGUCACAUGUGGAAGACCGCAACAUUGCUUACCACUUCACACGAAUUACUACGCGACUAUCCUGGAAAACAUAUUCCAGAAGAGACCUACGCGGCUCACGAGAUGACGAAAAUAAUCGAGCAUGGAAUAUGCAUCGAACGUGAACGUCUCCUCCAAUUAUUAGCCUUAGCCGAAGAGUACGAACAGACUCUUCGAGAAUUCGCUCAGAUCACCGAAAUCGCGGAGAAUCUAUUAGAGAGUCCUAUCUCGGUGAUGAGUUUAGAACAUUUACAAGAGGAGAUGCAGAAGCACAGGAAGUUCUUCGUGAAUCUAAACCAUUGUCGAGCAAUUCUGGAGUCGCUGGAAGGAAAUUUGGACCCAGAAACCAGAACUAAAUAUUCAGAUCUUCACGAAGAAUUGCAUAGCAGAGCUAUAUCGUUGCUAGAUCAGGCCGCAUCUAGAGCUCAGCAAAUGGCUCUGGCUGCGUCUAGGUGGAUUCUUCUGGAACAAGGGGUGAAAGAGGAGAGAGGAUGGCUCCAAGUUGCUCAUCAACGAGUUCCUGAUCUCCAGACUGUGACGUCGUCUGAUUAUGACCAGUACAUCUCCUUAUAUCAGUCUCUGGCAAUGGACGUUGCGACACACCACGCUCGGCUUAUUCAGCUUCUGAACGUGGCACGCAAUCUCCAAGAAUUGGUGAACAUCGAAGAUCCCGAAGAUCGUUAUGGCGAAGCCUUAGACGUUAUCGUGAAGCUUCAGGAUAACGUAGAGUCGUCGUUGAGGAAAUUGUUGGCGUUUAGAGAGAGUUGGUGCAAUCAGGAAGCACUAAUGAACCGUUUGGAGAACUGGAUGACGUCGGUGGAGAAGGAAUUGGUCAGUAUCCGCGAUCCUUCAGGAGGCCAUAUACGCCAAUUCUGGGAAUUGAAGGCGCAAUAUGAGGUGCACAACAACAUUCGAGAAGAAGCUAACAAUAGCUUCGAGCAAGCCCUGAGAAUAAUUCCCUUAUCGGACGAGAUGUUGCAAAGGCAGUUCCAUCGUGAGGUUCAAGAUCGCUGGAGCGACGUCUCGCAGAAAAUAAACGACAUUCAAGAGCAAGUAACUCGAAACAUUUCCUCCGAAGACAUUUCGUCCAACGAGAAGCUAAAACUCCUUGAGCGAGAACUAAACGAAUUACGAAUAACCGUCGAUGGUUUUCACGGUGUUCUAAAGACAGAAGAAGAACUAGAUCUAUACAUCGAACGUUUGACAGUCUUAUUCGAUAGGAUCUGCUUGAUCCAAGACGAGCUAGGUCGCCUAGGCUUGCUUCCCGUGGCAGAGAGCGAGAAGGUCGGUGUUCUACUAUCUUCGGCUCGCAGAAUAGAGAGCCAAAUUAGCGAAGAGUUAGACGCGGCACAGUUGCUGAGGGAAAGGCUUCAGGCGAUCCAGCGUGGCCUUAGCCGCGUUAGAAAAGCCCAUCAACGACAAUCGUCUAUAUUGGAUCAAUGCGAGGGAAGCGAACAACAGGGAAGCGAAGUAGUCGCUGCUGCUGUGGAUCGAUGUCAAACUGUCGCCGACGAACUGGCGAUUUUAUGGCAGGAUAUCAUGGGCCUUAGACAAUUAUUACACACUCUACCCACAGUAAUGAGAGUCUCGGUAUCGCCAGUCAGCGUCGAACGAGACAUUUCCAACCUUCAAGACACUCAUACAGACUUAGAAGCCAGAUGUUCGCGAUUGUUAACGUUGUUGAAGAACAGGCUCGCUUUAUGGAGAAGAUUUGAGAAACAGUUGGAGAUGGUACAGCAAUCGGUUCAAGAGGCUGACUACAUGAUGGAAUUGUUAACCGUGCAAGGAUCUGUCGAUUAUGAAAGACUGCUGAAAGCUACCGAAAGGCUAGAGGGUCUGAGCGGUGAUUUGGGCGCGCGAGAAGUUCUCAUUGGCGAAUUGCGAGAGGCUGCCGAACCUCUGCGGGAGGGUUGCGCUGCAGAGGUCCGCGAGAAGGUCGAAGCAGCGGUAAAUGAGGCCGUACAAGCCUGGGAGGACACCAGGGCCGAAUUAGAUGCCCUUUGCACCAAGUAUCAGCACGCGUGCAGAUUGUGGCAGCAGUACAAAGACUCGAGCGCCGCUGUUAAGGCCUGGGUGGACACGCAGAUGGACAGCGUCGCCAACCUGCCACCUGAAGAGGCCGUCAAACACAUCAAGAUUUGCGAGGAAACGAUGGCGGAACACAAGGAGAGGCUGGCAGAGCUUCAAGGGCUGGUGGCGCAGAUCGCGUCGAACGUCGGUCUGGACGCGAGUGGACCGUUGAACUGCGAAGUGGAGGCACUCGGACAGCGUCUGGAUGACAUCCGUGAAACUCUGUCGUGUCUAGCGGAUGCGGCAGACGCCCGUGCCCUCAACCAGGAGCUCACACGUGGCGAUUUAUGCCAGACGAAAAAUUUCCUGGACUCGGUCCAACAGAGCCUCACCUCGGUGAGCCAAGGCGAGUCGAAGGAACAGUUGAAGCUCCUUCGUAACCAUCUUCUCGCGCUCACGUGCACGGAACCACAGCUACAGUCGAUCAAAGAACGCACUCUGGAGGUAUCGACGCAGGAACUAUCCGUAGUCGAGGUACUGCAACGAUGGCAGAACGUCUUCAGAGAAACCUUCCAACAGUAUCACCGUUUAUCGGCUCAUCUAGUCAAAACGCAGGAUGGUGCGACUGCCCUGAAACUCUGGCAGGAGUAUCUGUCCGACGUGCAAGAUUUCCUAUCUAACGACGUGUCCGGGGACUACAACGGUUUAUCGAAACACCGAAACCUGUGCGAGGUGCAUCGAAAUCUCCUGACCGACCAACAGAAUCUCAUUCUUACCGUUCGAUCGGAAGAGGGCAGUAACUUAUCGACAACGGAACAAUUCAACAUCCUGACGAAUUUGCACAAUGAAACGUUGGCUGCAAUUAUGGAAAGACACGCGGCGGUGCGUGACAGAUUGGCCGCGUGGGACAGGUACAAAUCGGACCAAACUAAAUUGCUGUCCUGGCUAAAGGAAAUAGAAAGAGAACGAAGCCAGUUACACCUUCGAUUCAUCCAGUUACAAAGGCUAAACGAAAUUCUUCAGAGGAUACAGGCACUGCUGGAUAAAAUAGAGCAGGGCAAAUCUCAAUUGGAGUCUCUGCAAGAGCAACAAGAAACUUUGCUCGUGAACUGUGACCAGACACUAGCCAUGUCUAUUCGAAUGGAACUUGCAGCUCACGCUCAAAGGAUCGCCAAUCUUAGUUCUAGUCUGGAAAUCUGGAGAGACUACAUACCGAGGAUACAAAAGUUGUAUGCAGAAUACGAAGAACAGGCGAAGCACAUCACGACAACGUUUUAUGAAAUUGGUCAAACACUCAGUGCAGCGUUCCACGCGAGGCCUGCCAGUUUGUCAAAUACCAAGCAGCAACUGGAAUCUAUUCAACAACUGCAAAACAGACUAGCCGGCAUGACCACGGAUUUAGAGUCGCUGUGUGUGAUCACAGAACAGCUGAGGGAGUGUCUGAGCCCCAUCGAUAUGAAAUCGUUGAAUCAACAACAGGCGCUUCUUCGGUUGCAGCACGGAGACCUCGAACACCAGACCGCGUUGCUUAUUUGUCGGUUGGACGAGCGUUGCGAUCUUUACGAUCGUUGGAAGGAUAGAUCGGCCAGGUUACUUACGUGGAUAGACGAGACUGAGAUCAGAAUUCAAGACUGUGACACAAUGGCGCCGAACGAACCUCAGGAGACCCUGAAGAGACUGGAGUGUGAUCUGCAAGCGGAUAUCGCGUUGAAACAGCUAGAACGUUUGUGGAUACAGAACACUGGCCAGGAUCUGAUAGAGGUAGCCGAGGAAGAGGAAAGCGAAAGGCUACAGCGAACUCUAGACGAAGUGAACGAGAGAUGGGAACGGUUGCUGGCUAUGGGAAAAUCUAGAGCCAGCAAAUUGGUCGAUUUGAUGAGAACUAUGGAUACGUUGGAGAAGAGGAUAAGCGAGUUAAGGAGCUGGUUGGCCAGCGUGGAGUCUCAAUUAUCGGAGACGUUCGUGAUCGAGGAGAUCACUCAGAACUGCAUCGACAAGAAGCUCGACGAUCACGAACAUCUUCAGAAGACUAUCGAAGCAGAAAGCGGAAACAUCGGCGAAGUGUUGAAUCUCUGCGAAAUUCUGUUGAGCGACUGCGACGCCUGGAAGACUUCCUUCAACACGGACGCGAUAAAGAACGGAAUGGAAGGUUUGGAGCGUAGGUGGACAGCGACCUGCGUGAAAUCUGCAGAGAGGAAAGGGAAGAUCAUUCUCGCAUGGAAAAUUCUUCAAGAACUGGAGAAGAUCAGGGCGGAACACGAGGGCUGGCUCGAAGAAAUCGACGUGGCCCUUUCAGAAUUGGAGAACAACCUGGAUGAAGUUUCCAAGGAAGAAUCGAAGAAAGCCAUUGAGAAAACCAGAGGCAUCUUCGGUGAUAUAGAGGCGCACGAAUCGGUGAUCAAGAUAAUCGAACAAAACUUUAGUCGUUUAGCUAGGACAGGUCUGGAACCAGAUAAUCUAAAGUCGCUUAUCAGCGAGACUAGACGGCUUAUCGAUAAGUGGCAAACGUUGAAACCUCGAACGAACGCUAUUCUACUGGCGCUUCAACAGGGACAGAAAAAUUAUCGAGAUUUCAUCACGGUACACGGCGCGGCGGUCGUCGGAUUAACACAAGUCGACGUUCGACUGACCACGACGCAACAUUUAGCUACGUUUGAGCAAAAAUCCUCGACACGUCGAAGAUUACAACAGUUGAACGAGAUCGAGGAGGAGCUUCGUACGCAAAACCUCACAUUGCAGAAAGCGGAUGAGUUGGCGUUGAAGGUUAUGCAAGAAUGUCAUCCGAAUGACGUGGCGACUAUCCAAGAGCUGGUGGACGAGUAUCAGAAGCUAUGGAAAGAUAUAAAGAAUAGAGUGGCUUCGUUGAGAGCGGAAAUCGAGGGACAGGAGAAGUUGGAGGUUGACGAAGCUGUGCAGGUGGAGACGUUGAAAUUCGAACAGGACACUGCUGUUCAAGUGGACACUUUGCCGAGGAUAGUGAGGAUGACGUCUAGCGAUGCCUAUCUGAUAGAAUUGGAAGCUGCUCUGAUUGAAUGCAACGAUGCGCUGGAUACGCUGGAAAUAGCAAUUACGCCGGAUCCUGUCGCUGGACCUGGAUUAAACACAGCUGCUAAGAAUAUCAGUAAACUAAUUGGAAGCUGUCAAUCGUCGAUCGAAUUGGUUCGUCACUUGCACGGGUUGCUCAUUGAGGAUGGAAAAUUAAACGCGCAGGUUGCCAAGGCGAACGAAGUAGCGGCGUUGACGAACAGAUACGAAAAUCUGUUAAUCCUGGCGAGAACGCGAGAACAACAAAUCAGAGAACUCAGGUCACCUAACUCUGACGUUUACACCUUUCCCUGUGAUCACGAUAAUGGUAGAUUAACCUGUCCCUUGUGUUCGCGCCGUAACUGGGCUCAAUUGGAGAACGAUCUCUGGAGAUUAGAAAAAUGGCUGGAAUUCGCAGAAGGCACGCAAAGCGAGCAACAUUCGCCACCAAGCAACAUAGAACAAUUGGAGGAUGUCAUACAAGAUCAUAGAGAAUUUGUACUCGAUUUGGACAGUCAUAAGAGUAUUCUAGUCAGUCUGAACACUGUCGGCGCUCAUUUAGCCGAUCACACGGAGGAACUGUGUCGAGCGAUGCAACUCAGAGACAGAUUAACCGUCGCAAACACAAGAUGGGAGAAGGUGUGCAACGUGACUGCACAUUGGGAGGAACAACUGCAAGUUGCGUUGAUGUCGAACCAGCAAUUCCAUCGUAUUAUUGAGGAACUGCUUACCUGGUUGGAGAAAACGGAAGAUAGUAUACGAGCUAGCGAACCGGUCGACUUGACCGAGUCGACGGAAAUUAUGACCGCCAAGUACAAUAAAUUCAGAGAACUGAGGAGCGAUCUGGAGCGGUGCGAGCCCCGAGUUCUGUCGCUUCAAGAGUCGGCUAAUCAAUUACUAGACGAGAAAGGCGAAACCAGAGCACGCCUACAGGAAUUGCGACUCAGAUUGCAGUCCCUUCGCCGACUGACUGGUAUAUACGCCCUGAAAUUAGGGGCAGCUUUGGGAAUGGACCCACGAGAUAUUGGACUCGCAGCCACAACUUCUUCUCUCGCUUCCCUCUCUCACGAUCUACUCGACGAAGCUGCCUCUGGAACCUCUCAGCCCCACGACGCACCUGGCACAACUGGUGACGAUGGCGAACGUACGGUAUUAUCUCGGGGAUACCGUUUCCUGGGCCGAGUAUUGCGAGUAUCCUUGCCGAUCCAGGCGCUGAUGCUGCUGCUCCUCGGCGUCGCCUCGUUGGUACCAUCCGCCGAAGAAGACUACAACUGCAUGCUGUCGAACAACCUCGCCAGAAGCUUCACGCCAAUGGUCGUCUAUCCGAACGGGCCACCUCCUAUCUAAUGAUAAAGAAACCUAAUCUCGGACGCACCGAUUUCGUAGGGCCCAGAAGAAUGUUCAACCGAAAUAUUCAAAGAAGUCGCGGGAAGCGGAAACGCGAGAUCGCGCACGAUCUGCGUACAUAUGUACCUACUUAACUAGUCUGUCAUAUGGCGAUCCAUUGAUGCAAUCGAUAAGAGAGAUCAAUAACAGAUCUGAUUUUUUCGUACGUCGCGAUUCUCCUCGAGAUGGUCGAACGUUUAAGCAGAACUAUAAUGUUCGACUAUCUUGAUGAGAAAAAAAAGAAAAAACUGGUCACACACAUUCUUCUAUAGACGAUGAUUUUACACGUAACAGACUAAUCUAGACUGAAAAGACUCACGUUGGGAUAUACUAAACUGAAAUCCAAAUUUCUUGGCCUUAAAUCUAGUUGGAUUAAAGCAAGUAUAGCGCCUUUGAUCUGACCACGUCCCAAUGAAAGACUACGUUUAAAGACAGUACGAGCAACGAUGCUUGCUAUUCGAAAAUUCAAUGAAUAAUUCAGUUGUUCUUUCGUUGGAUCUUUUCGUUUGCUCUUAAUAUAAAAUUCGAUGAUGUUCAUUCGUUUAUUCAUCGUUGGUAUUAAAGGUACAAAUUUGUAUAUUCUCCGUUUGUAUAAAAUUUGUAAUAUAAUUGGACCUUCUCGUAGACAAACUUUAAAUAACAAAUUGUAAUUUUUUUAAAACCUGAUUUCUAUUUCUCGCUUCUAAAAUUGUAUAGAUUAUAUUGAGGUAAUUACUUACGUUAAAUACUAUUUAACAUAUUGAUGUCGACAUACGUUAAAAAUGUUACUUAACGAAUAUAUUCCAUGAUAGCGUGAUAUUACAUACAAUACCAGUUCGACUUUAUUUUUUAUACGUUGCAUUUAUAACUCGAAGGAAAGUAGGCAAAGAGCGAAGCUCGAUUUUCUAUAUCGAGAACGAAACGUCCACUGACCGAUAUUUCAGAGCGUGAUCGCGAUUAACGCGAUUAGUCAUUGGUGCUAGCUCGACCGCUAUAGAGAGAAACAUAAUAAUUAAUUAUAAUAUAUUAUUAUCAUCGAGGUGUUUUCGAAUUGUUCUCCUUUCCGUUCUUUUUUCUACGAUUUCUUAGGAUAAACAAUGGAUAAGGGAAAAAGCGAAGAAGGGAAGGAUAGAAUAAAAAGAAAAAUGAAAAAAAAAA